ACAUCCAGACAAGCCCAAGAAUACCCAACAAGCCCAGUGCCAGGUGAGAACAACAGCAACAACUCAAAAAUCAUUUCCCAAAGAUGGCGGAUGUCUUGUCACUAUUUGAAGACAGAGAUGUUGUCAGAAUUUGCGCUCCCAUGGUCCGAUAUUCUAAGCUUCCAUUCAGAACUCUGGUCAGGAGGUAUGGAUGUGAUUUAGUGUACACACCAAUGAUAGUAUCAGAUUCAUUUGUGAAAUCUGUGAAAGCAAGAGAUAGUGAAUUCACUACAAAUUCAGGUGACAGGCCACUUGUUGUUCAGUUUGCAGCAAACAAUGGAAAAGACUUGGCAGAUGCUGCAGAGCUUGUUUAUGAAUAUUCUGACGGUGUGGACCUCAACUGUGGUUGCCCUCAAAGAUGGGCAAUGGCAGAAGGUUAUGGUGCUAAUCUAAUUAAAUAUCCAGAAAAGAUUCGUGAUAUGGUAUUGCAAGUAAAAGGAAGACUGGGGAAUUUCCCUUGUUCAAUCAAGAUUCGAAUUCACAACAAUCUUGUAGAGACUGUUGACAUGUGUCGGAAAGCAGAGCAUGCUGGGAUAUCGUGGCUAGCAGUUCAUGGCCGUACCACGGAGCAAAGGCAUCAACCUGUGAAUUUCGAGGCAAUAAAACUGAUAAAAGAAAAUUUGACCGUGCCUGUUAUUGCAAAUGGAAACAUAACCACUGAAUCAGAUGUCCAAAAAGUCAAGGAAAGGACGGGGGUUGAUGGGGUGAUGGCUGCUCAAGGAAUGCUAAACAACCCAGCUAUGUAUGCAGGAUUCGAAGAAACGCCUCUUUCUUGCAUUGAAGAUUGGGUUGAGAUCGCAUUGUCACUAGGAACACACUUUACAUCCUUUCAUCAUCAUCUAAUGUUUAUGCUUGAAAAAGUUCAAUCAAAAGCAGAGCGACUUGUCUUCAAUAACCUUAGCAGUACAACAGGAGUUUUAGACUUUUUGUACAAUCACUAUGGCGUUGGAAAACCCAGGGACUUCCCAUAAACAUGCUGAAACAAGAUAAAUUCCUAAUGUAUCAAAUGGUAUUCAAAUGCCGAAUGUAUCAAAGAUGUUCCUCUUGCAUCAGUGAUACCUCCUGUUAUGAAUACCUAGUGCAACAGCCAACAGGAGAUAUAAUGUUGGCAUCAGUGGUUCUAAAGGAAAAGUAAAUGGUCAUUCAGAUAUAUCUCAAGCGACACUGUAGUGAGCGGGUAUUUAUUGUCAAAAUUUCCAAAAAGAACCUGCUUUUCUUUUGCCAUUGAACAUGACUUUUGUCAGUGUCGGUAGUAAUUAGAUAAUUAUUACUAUGAGCGAACAGUAGUUGAACUUUUUAUUUACAAAAUUUUAAGAUUCUUAAUUGAAAAUUGUUUACAAGUUUUUUAAUUUAGAAUUUUAGAAACAGAGAACAAAUUGGAUAAACUAUGUAAAUAGAGCAGAACAUUGUUGUUUAUUUACAAUAUAUCAUUUUGAGAUUUCAGUAAAUCUGUUCAUUUUAUUCAUCUGCAUGUUAAUACCCAAUCAGUAUUUUUUAUUUUUGAAUAAAAGAAUCUUAUUUUAGUAGAAAAAGUACAAAAAAUGUACCUCACGGGGGUAGCAGAAGCAAACACCCCAUUUCCAUUACCUAGCAGAGACAAACUUGGUACCAUCUUAACUCAAUGUUUUCUUCUCUGUCUUUUGCCUUGUAAAUGUAAAGGUUAGUCCUGUAUUUGAUAUCAAACAUUGGGGAAUGUGCUGUUAAGGGCACAUUGUCCUGAGCCAUGGCUUUGUGUGGUAGGAUGGCCAGUUCCUUUCCACGCUGCCUUGUAGACCCUCCCCCCAUAUCUGUUACCUAUUGUAUUUGUCACUACCUAGGUUCUGGAGGUAGGUUUAAGGACACUGAAGAGGCUAUGCUUAGCAAGCAGUGACCACACCUUGUGAUUUCUAUGCCAGAAAUUACUGAGAGCUUCUAGGUUGAGAUGGGGGCACAUAAAAAUAUUUCAUUGAGUUUUCAAACAGAUUGGGUUACAAAUUGUUUUAUCACUAGUGCCCUAUAAAUACUGAAUUAGGAAAAAGAACAAUUUGAGGACUAAGCAUGAAAAUUGGCCUAGGCAUAUAAGACUUCCAGGUAUCAUCAGCUCUUUAACUUCAUAUUGGUCUUUGCAUACUAAAAUUUCCAGACAUCUUCAGCUCUAUAACUUUGAAAUUGAAGUAUGACUCAGAAACUACUUGUACUGUACUCUCCCUC